AUGAGCCUCUGUGCUAGAGAACUAAAGAACGAGGAAUCUAAUACGUGGCUCGAUGAAGCUACUGACUAUACGGAAAAUGCUGGUAUGCAGGCUAAAAAAUCAUGCCCCGAAAAACAAGUAGAAUCUAUGCCAAAAAGAGAGAUUACAAUAAUUGGCACUCAAGUAACAGAAACUGAAUUGGAAAAGGAACUAGAAAUGUCUAAACACGUCUUGAUUGAAACAACAAAAGACACUCUUAGGGAAGAUAAAGGAUUUAAUGAAAUCUCUCAAGUAUUAAAGGAAGCCUGGCCAGAAGAGGUAUUUAAAUGUACAAAAAUAGACGACACAGAUGUGUCUUCGCUUAAUAAAGAAGGUGACAUUGCUGUAAUUGUAGACCCGCAAAACUUAAAAAUGGACAAAACGAUGAGAACGCUAGAGCUGAUUCUCCCCGAGUUAGCCAACUUAAAGAAAGUGACGACAAAGUUGAUGUUAUCCUAA